UUUCAGAAUUCAGAUUUAUGGAUUAUGGGAAUGAAAAGUAAUUAUUUUAUUAGAAGUUCUUGAUAUUUAUGAAAGCAUACCUAAAUUUUCAUUAUGGAUGGCCUUCCCAUUGAAGUUGUUAUCAAAAUAUUAAGUUAUUUAAACAGUUACGACUUGAUGCAAUUCUGUAACUCAUUUGAAAACUAUAGUUAUAUUUUACAGGAGAAGGAUGUAAUUCGAAUAGUAGAUUUUUCUGGAAAAUUUGGGACCCAAAACAUCCAUCUCUGUAAAUAUAUUUCCACAAAUUUGAACUGCAACUAUAUAAAGGUUUUAAAUAUUAGUUACAUAUACUGGAUACCUAGUCAAGAUCUGAGACGAUUAAUAAAAAAGUUAGAAAACCUUGAAAUUCUGUAUGCUAUCAGUACAAAGUUAGGAAUAAAAGAUAAGGAUAUUGCUGAAUAUACUAAAUUAAAAAAACUUGCUAUUUCUGUUGAGGAUAAUCAAUUUGAUCAUUCAACUGUGAUUGCGAGUAAAAAUUUAAAAAAUUUAAAGUCAUUAUGUUUGAAAGUUGAACAAAAAAUGGAAGAAUAUAAUGGAAUAUAUCUUUUCUUUCGAGAUCUUAAACAAUUAGAGGAACUAUGGAUUUUUGACGAAGUUGAAAGUACUUGCCGCAUUAAUUAUGGCCAAAUUGCUGUGUUAUUAAAUAAUUUAAAGAAGUUUGUUAUUAAAUCAAAAACUGUUUUACCUUAUUAUGACUUCGGUUACACAGGUCUUAUUAAAGUAUUUGAAUGCAAGAGAAGGGAAUCUGCAACUGAAUUAGUAUAUGAAAAGGUUGUAGCUAAAUCUGAGGGAAUGAAACCUUCUAUCUUUGAACCAGCAGAAAACGACUACGAAAGAUCUUGGCAAAUUUUUCAAAAUCUUCACAAAGAUAUAUCUUAUGGGCCUAAGGAAAGUCAAAUAAUUUAUUUAACAAAGUCCAUAAAAGAGGUGUAUUUUGAAGAUUUAAAUUUCUGUCACACCAUUAUUUUAUGCAAUUCUAAAUAUAUAGAUGCUGCAUUAAAAAUUCUAUCAUUCAAAAAUUCUUCCAAGUUAAAAAGGCUAAGUUUUAGAUCUUGCCUGUUUCAAAAUCACACAGGGAAUAUAAAAGAGGAACUUACUUCUGGUUUCAAAAGGUCAAGAAAAGGAGUUCAGGUUAAUUCUGCAUUUCACCCUUUUCAAACUGCUGCGAAUAACUUAAAAAAUUUGAGGGAACUGGAAAUUUUAACAUGUCCAGGAUGUACAUCAGGAGCAGUAAUAUCGGCAUUUCCAUUAAUAGGGAUAUUCCAAUAUUUAGAAAAAUUAGUUCUCGAAAUACCUCUUUUGUUGGAUGGUUCUUUUUUAAAAGAGGUUUUCACAAAGUGUCAACAUUUAGAAUCAUUAUAUUUAUUUUGUAAGGGUCAAAAUGUUAAAUUUAUUACGAAUUUGUGCAAAAAUUUGAAAUAUUCGCAGAAUUUAAGACACUUUAGAUUAGACCAUAAAGAGGUUCCAAUUACUAAGCUGUUGAAUGGUUUCAAUGAAAUAGAGCUGAAAAAAUUAUUAAGAAUUUUUGUAAAAUGUGAUAACUUACGGGGUGCCGACAAUCAAGAGGAAUCUUUUUCUAUUUUCAUGAAAAAUAACCCCCAAUUAAUUUUUUGUGUUUUUGUUAUUGAUGGUAAUACAAAAAAGCAGAACAGUGAUCUCCAGCAUACUAUAAAUAAAUUUAAAAAUGGUAACCCCGCUAAAGUUUUUUUCGUGAAAAAAGACGUUUCUUCUUUUAGUGGAGUUUUUCCUAUGCCCACAGCUCACCAUGACUUAAUUUUUUAUCGCACUAACGUUGCUGUGAUUAAUAUUGACGAAUUUUAAAAUAUUUUUGUCUAAUUUGUUAAUUUUUUUUUGAAGUUUUUAAUAAAUGUAA